UGCUCGGUUCAAAACACUCAUCACUGCAUACAAUUUGUACACAUGUUAGAAUUUUAAAGCAUAUUUUUUGACUACUAAUUUUCGGUCAGCAUGCGUGCACUAACAAACCUUAUAUUCUGAAUUUCAAUUGUAAACCCGUUUUGACCAUCCCUCCAGUAUAUAUUUACUAUAUAUACUUUACUCUCCCCUAAACUUGAUUAUUCAAGUUAUCACAAAAGGUAAAACUCUUACGCAAGAGUUCAACUUGAACUCUAACCCAACAUGAGGGACAGAACCGAUCAUGCUGGAUCCAACCCGGUAACUCCAUCAUCUGUCCGCUCACCGCCAUCCUCAGCUCUUUCUUCACAACUCCACUCUCCAUCCUUAUCUCGAUCGCCACUCCUCCAUUCACCCGAACAUGAACAUGAACAAUCCACAACCAAAGCCACCAAACAAAAAACCGGCCACAAGAUCACCUUUUCACAUACUCCGCCAGUGGUCUCGGCUCCUCCAUCGCAGAUGCACACACCGAUGGUUCCUGGGACACCAGACCGACCGGUGACCAUGCCACCGAGUGGUGCUAGGACACCAAUGGCUUAUAUAAGGUCUAGGAAUUUGACACCAAGAUUUUUGACACCUUUGGGAAGUCCUUUAAGAAAGGCUCUUCAUCUCACCAAACUUGACCCAACAGAUGCAUGGCUGCCUAUCACUGAAUCUAGAAAUGGAAAUGCUUAUUAUGCAGCUUUUCAUACACUUUGUUCUGGGAUUGGGAUUCAAGCGCUUGUUCUUCCUGUUGCUUUCACCAUUCUUGGCUGGGCUUGGGGAGUCAUAGCGUUGACUCUGGCUUUCAUAUGGCAACUUUACACUUUGUAUUUGCUCGUAAAUCUUCAUGAAUCAUCAGAAACCGGGGUGCGAUAUAGUAGAUACAUGCAACUUGCAAAUGCGGCCUUUGGUGAAAGGUUAGGAAAAAUGUUGGCCCUAUUUCCUAUCAUGUACUUGUCCGCAGGCACAUGUAUGGCUUUGCUCAUUAUCGGAGGCUCAACGUCGAAAAUAUUCUUCCAAGUGGUGUGUGCCGCCAACGAAUGCAAGGCAGAGACGCUCACGACUGUCGAAUGGUACUUGGUUUUCACAUGUGGUGCGGUGCUUCUCUCUCAACUACCCAAUCUAAACUCGAUAGCCGGGAUUUCACUCGUUGGGGCGAUUACUGCAGUUGGAUAUUGUACAUUGAUAUGGAUAAUCUCAGUGUCUGAAGGCAGACUUCCAAAUGUUUCAUAUAAUCCAGUUAGGGUUGGAAGUGAUGUCUCUAAAGUUUUUGAUGUUUUAAAUGCCCUUGGUAUUAUUUCAUUCGCGUUUAGAGGACACAAUCUCAUAUUGGAAAUUCAGGCCACCAUGCCCUCAAGUGAAAAGCAUCCAUCAACGGUACCAAUGUGGAAGGGUGUCAAAGUUUCAUACACACUAAUCGCAAUGUGUUUGUUCCCACUUGCAAUAGGAGGCUAUUGGGCUUACGGUCAAAUGAUUCCACCUAGUGGAGGGAUGUUGACAGCUUUAUUCGCGUACCACUCACAAGACGUGGCGAAAUCGAUCUUAGCAUUAACAAGCAUGCUCGUAAUCAUCAACGCUCUCAGCUCAUUCCAGAUCUAUGCAAUGCCAAUAUUUGAUGAGAUGGAGUCCGUAUACGUGGUGAGGUUCAAAAAGCCAUGUCCAUGGUGGCUAAGGGUGAUCAUAAGAUCAUUUUUUGGAUUCUUCUGUUUCUUUUUGGCGGUUGCGAUCCCAUUUCUAGCCAGUCUUGCUGGCUUAGUAGGGGGGGUUUCUUUGCCUGUCACAUUGGUGUAUCCAUGCCUCAUGUGGCUAAAGGUCAAGAAACCUAAGGUUUAUAGUCCCAUAUGGUGGUUCAAUUGGGUACUUGUGGCUGUUGGAACGGUCUUAAGUGGGCUCUUAAUUGCAGCUGGAGUUUAUGUCAUUAUUGACAAUGGUAUCAAGUUUAAUUUCUUUGAACCCGAAUAAGUGAUAUCAGUUUGUAAGGGCCAAACUGCAUUGUGGACCAUUCGUGAGUAAUAGAUUUGUAUGUAUGUAUUUUGUUUUGAGGUUGUAGUUGGGCAACAAUAUUUGUUCAUUGAGGUUCUCCUUUGUCAAACAAAUUUAAGCUGUUUGUUUCUCUUGCUUGCA